AUGACCAUUACUUUCAAUGCGAUAUGCAGCCUUCUGCAAAGCAUAGAGAACAUAACUACCUAUCGACCGCGCUUGCCGUCGAAAGAAGAGAAGGAGAGCGUUAGACAGAUUAUAACAAACUGGUUCACCAACCACAGAUGCGCCUUAGACGAUUUGGACACCAACGGAGGCACAGUUCUGUCUACGCUAUUCCCUCAUCGAAGGAAGGAUCGAGUGUACGGACUCCAGACACCCUUACUAGCUCGGAAGCUCACGAAGCUUCUCAAGUUCAACCAUGGCCAGAGGGCAUUGUUUGCUGGGUGGAACACUGGAAAGCACGGAGAUCUAGGUGUAUACGUCGAACGAGCAAUGGUGCCUUGGGAUGGCACCUUUUCCGCCAAGCACUUUGUCUCUAUUGGAAGAGUCGACAGGCUGUUGACACAACUUGCGGCCAAAUACAGGUUCUCUGAUCCAGCCAUCCGCUCGCAACGAGACUGGUGCAUCAAGACAGAUGAGGAGCUCAAGGAGAUCCUCGUGCGACUUGCGUCAUGGGAGGCCAAAUGGCUGGUCCGUCUCAUACUUCGAGACUACUGCACCAUCAUGAUCGACGAAGGCCAUGUGUUCAAGCAAUACCACUUCCUUCUUCCAGAGCUUCUCAUGUUCCAGAACGACUUUGAUACCGUUUUUGACAUGCUACGAAGGGAACUCAGCUGUUACCCCCGCUCGGCACAUAAGCUGCGACCAGUGGUCGGAGUCAAAGUCGGACGACCCACUUUCAGAAAGGCGUGGUCAUUUGAUCACUGUUUUCGAAUGGCAGGAAAACACGCCUGGGCGGUCGAAAACAAGUACGAUGGCGAAUACUGCGAGAUUCACAUCGACUUGGCGAACGAAUCGCAGGAGAUCAAAAUCUUCUCGAAAAACGGCAAAGACGCCACUGCCGACCGCAAAGCUCUGCAACCUACCAUUCGAGAAGCUCUUCGUAUUGGUCGCCCGGAAUGUGCUUUCAAACGUAAGUGCAUUGUACUGGGCGAGAUGGUACUCUACAGCGACAAGGAAAAGCGAAUCAUGCCGUUUUCGAAGAUCCGAAAGCACAUUUCGCGCUCUGGCUCGUUCAUAGGCACUCUACAGGAUUCUCGUCCUCAUGAGUGGGAGCAUCUGAUGAUCGUCUUCUUCGAUGUGUUACUACUGGAUGAUGAGCCAGUGUUACGUCAUUGUCUACAAGAGCGGCGUAAUCUACUGAGAGAGCUGGUUCAAGUCGAACCCGGUCGAUCGAUGCGCUCGGAGUGGACCCUGCUUGAUUUUAAGACAGGGGACGGCAUUACGGACCUCAAAGAGAUAUUCGCCCGAAAUCUUGCCAGCCGCCAAGAAGGACUUGUAUUGAAACCACUACACGCGCCUUACUUCCCGCUGUUAUAUGGACAGGGUUGUCGACGUCCAGGAUACUUCAUCAAGCUCAAGAAGGAUUACCUGGGCGAUAUGGGCGGCGAACGCGAUCUCGGUGACUUUGCAGUAAUUGGCGCAAGCUUCGAUGCUCAGGUUGCUCCGAAGUCAGACUUGAAGCCCUUGCACUGGACGCAUUUCCACCUUGGAUGUUGUACAAACAGGACUGCGGUACAAAGGUCUGGCGCAAAGCCUGUUUUCCAAGUUGUUGCAACGGUGGGUCUGGAUCAGUGUAUACCGAAGCAAGAUUUCAAAUACCUCAAUAUCCAUGGCUAUGUACGGCAGGCAAACCUGUACGAGGAUGGCCAGACGGACAACUUCGGUAUUCAGCACUCUAAAGGGACACCGUUUGUAGCCGAAAUUCUGGGCGGUGGCUUUGAAAAGCUUCAGAAUGAGACUUUCGAGAUGCUGCGACAUCCCCGAGUCAGAAAGUUGCACAACGAUCGGACUUGGGAAGACUGCGUGACGUUCGAGGAACUUGAGGAGAUGGCUGAGCAGAAGUGGGCUGUGCCAAACACAGAGAAGCUUAAAGGGCACGCAAAAGACGUCGCAUUGCUGAUGUCCAAAUACAUGGGGGAAUCGCAAGGUACCACUUCGUCAUACGGAACAACAGAGAAUACAGAACAAACAACUCCUCGCAACUCGGAAACUCCGUCAAACCCGACGCCCUCUGACGUUGUUGUCCAAGAGACACAGCAGCGACAUAUGACACACUCGACCACUUCUCCUAGCACUUACAACUCCGGCAGUACACAAGGAGCCGGCGUUCGAGCCUCCCGACACACCCGUUUGAUGAUCCGUAUGGACACCGCCGAGCGUCUUGCGCUUGCCACGCCGCUGAAGCCACCCCCUCCAACACCAUCCGCACCACCAAGCCCGCGAACCCCUCCCUCCACAGCACCCCUCCCCUCCCAUCGCCACCCACGUACACUGCUCUCCCCACCUCCGUCGACCGCCCCAGCUCUUACGAGCCGCAAGCGCAAUGCCGCGCAUACCACUGAUGUCAUCAGUCCGCCCGCACUCCGAAGGCGCCGGCGCAUUCCGCUGAGCGACGCUGGUGCCAAUGGAGUGAGAAGUCUGGGUGCGUUUGAGUAUGAUUCGCAGGAGAUGACCGUUCAUCUCUAUAUGCGGGAGGGGGUGGAGGUGCGCGUCUACGGCGGACAGGCCAGCGGGGCGCGUGUAGAAAGUACUCGGUCCAAGGGCGAGGGUGACUGCUAG